AUGGAUUCCCAAGACGAAGUGGACGGCGGCCCCGAGAUGCUACGAGGCUUCAUCUGUGCCUCGUUUAACCAGGACACCACUUCUUUGUCGGUGGGCACGAAGACUGGGUACCGUCUCUUCUCAGUCACUGCUGUAGACAAACUGGACUGCAUCCAUGAGGGAGUGGAGUGUCCCGACGUGUGCAUCGUGGAGCGGCUGUUCUCCAGCAGCCUGGUGGUGGUGGUGAGCCAAUCCGUACCGCGACGGAUGAACGUCUAUCAUUUUAAGAAAGGGACUGAGAUCUGCAACUACAGCUACACCAACAACAUCCUCAGCGUCAGGCUUAACAGACAGCGACUGGUGGUUUGCCUGGAGGAAUCCAUUUAUAUCCACAAUAUUAAAGACAUGAAACUCCUUAAGACCCUCCUCAACACCCCUACCAACCCCUCAGGUCUCUGUGCCCUGUCCGUCAACCACGGUAACUCUUUCUUGGCGUAUCCUGGUAGUGCCACUAUUGGAGAGAUCACUGUGUACGAUGCAAACAACCUGAGCACUGUGACGCUGAUCCAGGCCCAUGCUAGCCCCUUGGCGGCGCUCACCUUCAACGCCUCUGGCACUAAACUCGCCAGUGCUUCAGAGAAAGGCACGGUUAUCAGGGUGUUCAGCAUUCCUGAAGGUCAGAGGUUGUUUGAGUUUCGACGAGGGAUGAAAAGAUAUGUUAGCAUAAGUUCACUGUCAUUCAGCGCUGAUGCGCAGUUCCUGUGUGCCUCCAGCAACACGGAGACGGUCCAUAUCUUCAAAUUGGAGCAGCACAGCCCAAAUCAAGAGGAAGAGUCGCCUACAUGGUCUGCAUAUGUGGGCAAAAUGUUCACAGCGGCUAGCACCUACUUGCCAGCUCAGGUGUCCGACAUGAUGCAUCAAGACAGAGCCUUCGCCACCGUGCGACUCAACAUGUUUGGCCUGAAGAACAUCUGUGCGCUAGCUAUGAUUCAGAAGCUACCUCGCUUGCUGGUGGCGUCCUCAGACGGUUAUCUUUACAUCUAUAAUGUUGACCCACAAGAUGGAGGCGAGUGCAUGCUGGUUCAAAAACACAGGUUGUUUGAUGGCAGUGAGGAGCAGGCAGAACAGAAGGAAGAUGAGCCACCAGCGGAGGGCUCCAACCAACCAGCCUGCCAAUCAUAUGCAGCUACUGUGGCACUCCCUUCGAGCCCGCCUUCCUCCACUACACUUUUGGGGUACUCAGAGGAUGGAGGAGCCCAGAAGGGGGACGUCAUCCCAGAGCACGAGUUCGCAGAAGGCCCCAUGUGUCUGGAUGAUGAAAAUGAAUUUCCUCCAAUCAGUAACUAA